AUGUCCACCUCUGGCUGUAAUAUCCUCUCCAACCCCUCCUUCGAGACAGGCUCUCUUUCGCCAUGGUUCACCACAGCCUCAGAUAUAGCCCGAGUCACGACUGCCACCCCCGCCUACACUGGCACUUACUCACUCGACCUCACAACUGCCAUCGACAACAGCCCCAAUUCCUUCUCCCAGACCCUGUCUAGUCUCAACCGCAGCACGACCUACGACUUCUCCGUGCAAGUCAAGCCCUCAGUGUCCGGAGCGGAGUUCUGCCAUAUUGCCGCGUACCUAGGAUUGAACACAACUAGUGAUACUAUUGCUACCGCUCAUCUCGAACCUAGUGAUCAGUGGACCGCUGUAACCGGGGAGUUCACGGCCAAUCGGUCCGCAGAUGUUUUGACAAUCAGUGCGGCGUGCACGUCGCCUGACAAUUCGUACACUUGGCAAGUGUACUUUGAUGAGGUUGUUGUGGAGAAGAGCGGAUGCAGCGACUGA